AUGGCAGUUGACAUGGAUGUGGAGGAAUUGUUAAUCAUGGGAGAUUCUGACUUGAUUAUUCGGCAAGCUCAAGGUGAAUGGGAAACUCGAGACAUCAAGCUUAUCCUAUACAUGCAACAAGUGGAAGAUCUCAGCAAACGGUUCAAGUCUGUCGAGUUCAGGUAUAUUCCUCGAUUCCACAAUGAGUUAGCUGAUGAAUUAGCUACUUUGGCCUCAAUGCUGCCGUAUCCGGGCAAUGUCCAUAUUGACCCGUUAGAGAUCCAAAUUCGAGAAAGACAUGGUUAUUACAAUGCACUUGAAAUAGAGCCAGAUGUUCAACCAUGGUUGAAGGAGAAUGAACCAGCACUUGCAGCUAACAAGAAUCAAGAUUUAGAUCAGAGUCUGUAUGAAGAACCAGCGAAGACUCAAGAUCGAGCUUCAGAAGACUCAUAG